AUGAGCCCCAUCGGCCUGCACCCCGUUCUGACGCCAGCAUUACUUCAUUCACUGCGCGCCCAUCCCCAGCUGCCCAAGCACGUGUGGUACUAUGUGGCUGGUGUGACCCUGUCCGCUCUGAACAGGCCCGAUCAAGUCCCCGCAGUCCUCACCUUCGUGCUCGAAAACGGCGCCGAUGCCAGCUCUCCAGCCGUUCCGGAGAAGGGUCAGGGGGAGGACCAACUCUACGUCGUGCGGCGGAUGAGAGAGGGUCUGCUCAAAUCCGCUGCUAUCGUCGGCGUGCCGAAGGUGAUCAACGCGAUCCUAGCGCUUAAAAAAGUGACGCCCGAGCAUCUGCUCGACGACUCAGACGCGCCGUCGCCCUCUGGAAGGGAGGCGGAGAUCUACGACACGCCCGCCCCUGUCGUCUUGGAGCGCGGUCAGACCUUCUUCGAGCGUCUGUAUGGCAAGGUUUCGAGACGUGUGAUGGGUCAGAUGGACCGCUCUGGCACAGGAGACCUUGGGCUUACGGCGCGGUUGAUGUACGGCUACAUCCUGAGCAACGAGAGGGUGCUGGACGCGAAGGAGACCAGCUUCGUGGCAAUGGCCGGCCUGAUACCGCAGGACGUAAAUCCGCAGUUGAAAGGGCAUCUCCGGGGAGCUCUCAACAACGGAGCCACGAUCGAUGAAAUCAAGGCAGUGCGGGAGAUCGUGAUCAGCAUCUGCGAGGCGGCAGGGAUGAAAAGACUCGAUAGCGAUGCGGUUGGCGGGUGGGGUUGGCGCGAACAGAUCGCGGACGUGUAG